UUUAUGAAUAAUUUAGAUUGUAUCUGUAUAAAAUUGAUGAAAGUGGGUAGAUAGAUUAUUUAUUUCCGUUAUUGCACACAGGCGUACAUCCGGCGACUAAUCAGAAGCCCAACACAUGAGAGUGGCAGAAGAUUGAGUUUUUCGUCUCCAUCUCCUUCCGCCUGGCAGAUCAAGGCCCCCCCGCGCCCCCGCCAUCGAUCUCUCCCUCCUGUGUCCAGAGCAGUGAAAAAAAAAGCCCCGUCUGGGACCCGAAUCCGAUCAGCUGCAGAUCCACAGGCCUUCUCUGCACCGUGGCUCCAUGGACCAAUCAUCAUGACGUUCAGCUCAUCGAUCUUAUCCCGCCGUCAGCUCUGGAUCCGCCCUCACCUCCAUCGCCUCCUUUCAGACGCCUGGACCAAUGGCUGCGCAGCGCCAUCCAGGUGCCUCAGCACCGACGGCCCCUCCCUCCACCCUGUGAUUGGUGAGAACUCGGUGGAGCUGUUAGGCCACUCCUACCCUCGUGAUGACUUCACUAACGUCACUCCAAAGAUCCUGGGCAAGGUGGGGCGCCACCUGCACAACCAGCCGUACCAUCCGCUGUGGCUCAUCAAGGAGCGCAUUAAAGCUCACUUCUACAGCUCCUACAUCGGCCGCUGGGGGAACCCAGUGUUCUCUGUCCACGAUAACCUGAGUCCUGUGGUGACGGUGGAGCAGAACUUUGACAGCUUGUUGAUCCCAGCCGAUCAUCCCAGCAGGAAGCCAGGAGACAACUACUACCUGAACAGAACCACCAUGCUUCGAGCUCACACGUCGGCCCACCAGACGGAACUGGUCCGCUCCGGCCUGGAUGCCUUCCUAUUGGCCGGAGACGUCUACAGACGAGACGAGAUCGAUGCCAGCCACUACCCCGUCUUCCAUCAGAUGGAGGGAGUCCGACUUUUCUCCAACCACGAGCUCUUCUCUAAGGUCCCGAACGGCGAGGAUCUGUCCCUCUUUGAGCGGGGAGGCCGCCGGACGCCCCACAAGCAGGAAAGCCACACCCUGGAGGCGGUGAAGCUGGUGGAGUUUGACCUGAAGCAGACCUUAACCCGACUCGUCACUCACCUGUUUGGAUCAGACGUGGAUGUCCGGUGGGUCGACUGUUACUUCCCGUUCACUCAUCCCUCCUUUGAGCUGGAGGUGCGUUUCCAGGGCGACUGGAUGGAGGUGCUGGGCUGUGGAGUGAUGGAGCAGGAACUGCUGAACUCGGCCGGGGCCGGGAACAAGCUGGGCUGGGCGUUUGGUUUGGGUCUGGAGAGACUGGCCAUGAUCCUCUACAGCAUCCCAGACAUCCGGCUCUUCUGGAGUCGAGACGAGCGCUUCCUGAAGCAGUUCAGGGUGGAGGACGUCCAGCAGCACAUCUGCUUCCAGCCUCUCAGUAAAUACCCGCCGCUCCUCAACGACAUCUCCUUCUGGCUGCCAGAGAGCUUCACUGAGAACGACUUCUAUGAGCUGGUGCGGAUGGUGGGAGGAGACCUGGUGGAGAAGGUCACCCUGGUGGACGAUUUCACUCACCCCAAAAGCGGGCGGCGGAGUCACUGCUACCGGAUCGUCUACCGCCACAUGGAGCGAACCCUGACCCAGCAGGAGGUGCGGCAGGUCCACGAGCAGAUCGAGCGCACGGCGGAGGCCGAGCUGGGGGUUCAGGGCCGAUACUGACUCACGCAUCAGAUUUACCGCCUGUAUAGAUUCACAAACUCUCUGAGCUGUUAAGCUGCUUCAUCACGUCUCUGAAGCUGUGGUUUUUCGCCGCAGGGAGAAUCGUGUUCAACGCAGGCGUCACAGCCUGCUUUUGAUGCUGCUGCAGCGCUUCGUCACCCCCCCCCCCCCUUCGCUGCUCUCGCAUCUCCAGCCUUAAAUGUGUGAAUCUGACGUGUGUCAUCUUUAAUUUCCACAAACAUCAUCUGAGCUUUGGGCGCCGGCAUCUGUCUGUGACUCGUCUGGCUGCAGGGUUAUGGAGGCUCUGUGACUCACAGGUCCAUCCAGACACCAG